GGCUGCGCAUCCAUAUGAACUGUCAAGGAGUCUAGUUUACGGGUUCCUUCUAAAGAGUGAAAAAGUGAGAAUUUUACAUUUGACCAAAGACAGACCUUCAUACCGACUUCCGUGAUUUUAAACGCCAAGAAGUUGCGCUCAAAAACAACGGAAGAUUUCUUCAAAGCAUAUGCGGUCGUGAUUCUGGUGUGCCAUGUCUGGCCACAGCACAGGGACAAACCACAAGUCCCACUCGCACACGCACAGUUCGGGGCACUACAGGGCUGAUGGCUACCGGCAGGGCCGCACCAAGUCGCGUGACAAUACCACCAGCCAGGACUUAUACCGAGAUCAAUACGGCAGCAGCCACGACUCACCCCGAGAUCCCCACACUAACAGCCGGGACUUGCCACAAGAUUCCAGUGCCACCAGCCGGAAUGUGUACAGGGAGCCUCAUGAUGAACAACUGUGUGGCAUUGACAUGCAGCCCAGCUGCAAGCCACUGCCACGCUACGCUAACGGCCGUGGCUCCGAGCUCCUAGGCUUCGUCCCUGGUUCGGCAGCGUUGGGGGCAACCUCGGCGUCAGGCAGCCGGUCCUGUAGUUCCUGUGCCUCUCUGGGCUGGAGCGGAUGUAGGGCGCUGCUCUGCUGCGUGCUCACCUGCGGCCUCUACAACAGCCAUCCCCCCUGCCUGCCCGCAGGCGAGAGCUCGACCGACACCCCACCAAAGGUUGAGGCCGAGCCACGGAAGCCCACCGUCAUGGCCAAUAGCAACCCCGCUUGUGGCGUACCGCUGGAGCCCAGCAAGCCCCCCCAGCUGCCCAGCUCAGGCAGCUUUCGUUACCGCGAUGUCUACCUGGCUGGGAAGCAGGUCAUUUACCCUCUGAUCCCAGAGGCCCCUCAGCGACAUAGCAGGGUAACAGGAAAGGGCGAGAGCCAGCGACCCAUCAGCAACACGAGCAUCUACUCACGGGAGGACCUCGACCUGGAUGACGUGGACGAUAAUGCUACAGACAUCGACUCACUGAUCACCAGGAAGCUACUGGAGCUAUACAAACUGCACCAGAUUGAGCAGCUGGCCAAGUGCACAUCAGACCUGUCCUUCUCGCGCAAGACAAAUGAGAUCAGUGACCUGAUUAACAGCAUUGCACAGGACUACAACCUUGAGGAGCAAGAAGCCGAGUGUCGACUGGUGCAUGGCGUCAUGCGUAUCAGCACACGCAAGUAUAAGUCUCAGGCCUCCAAAGGCAAAAGCAAGGACUACAGAUCGCAAGAUGCUCUGCUUCAUGCAAAUGGGAGGAGGGAUGGAACACUGCCUGACAGUGGCAAUGAGACAAUGACUUUCACCUUCAGCAACGGGGACCCUGAGGUGCAGGUGUCUGAUUUGACACCGUCAGAUGAACUUGCACGGAAAAUGAGAGUGCACAGUGGACGAAGUGCCUAUGCCUCCAUCACAACCACAGACUCUUCAGGAGUGCCUCUGCUGUGCUAACUAGCUGGUUUACAGACAUCUUGGCUGGAUUAUGGACCGCAUGCCUUGAUUACAGACAUGUCUUGAGAGUACUUGGAUGGAUUCUGGAGCGCUUGGCUGGAUUACCGAAUGCUUGGCUGGAUUACAGAGUGUUUGGCUGGAUUAUCGAGUUCUUGGCUGGAUUACAGCGUGCUUGCCAUGAUUAUGAACCACUUGGCUGGAUUACAGACCACUUGGCUAAAUGACAGACUGCUUUACUGCAUUCCAUACAUCCUCACUGGAUUACAGACUGGCUGGCAAGAUCAGAGCUCCAGUUCUGCAGUAGCUACCGAACUGCCCGGGCCCUCACUUUCUUUGCUGCUCCAUUCAGCUAUCCAGUGUGUCCACUAGUAUUUUAGCAAAACGAGGACGUAUGUAGCAGCUUUGUGACGAUGUCUUAUCAGGAUUAGAUUGCACAAAUUGUCUGUGUUGGUUCUCAAACACAGCUUGUAUUAAAUCAGGCAACCAGGUGCCUCCACUGUCCACCAGGUUCACUGCUUCAUUAUAGACCACCAGUAGUUUUUAAGGACUUCUUUUUAAAAUGUACGUUUUUCAUUCCAUUCCACAGCAGGGGAGGGCACUCUUGCAGAGGUCAUGUCUGACUAAACCCCUGAUUGAUGAGGUUGGUGUGACGUGGUGGGGUAAGCUUCAUUAGGCUGCUCUGUUCUUUAAUAACCACCCUCUCUCUUCCUGUAGCCGCAGAGCUUUUGGUACUGCGAUGUGACCAUUUGAUGUUACAAACUUCAUAGUAAUGUUGUUUCUCGAGUUUGCUGAGGACCCAUGUCUUUCUUUUUUUAUUCUGUUACUUUUAA